GGAUUGAAAGUCGGGAUUUUCGUCAGAUGUCGUCAGACGAUUUUCAAUGAAACUUCGCCCCAGUUUGGUGAUUUGACCGAAUUCAAGCAGACAUGCAUAAGUCCAAAACGGGCCACAGUCGUCGUCACCGCUCAGACGGUUUGUUCUGCAACUACGCCCACCGCAUCUGUAUGCAGGACCGUCUGGACGGCUAUGAGUACUGCCUUAACCACAUCUUAGAGGACAAGAAUGCUCCGUACAAGCACUGCACAUUUGUCUCCAACAAGGGGGGUCGACGGUGCCUGCAGCCUGCCCACAAAGCCGACAAACGCGAUGGGUACUGCCGGGAACAUGCCCAAAAGGUGGCUGUGCUGAGACACAAGGCCGGCCUGAAGCCGUUCCCGCGCAACUCGCCCCGCGAGAUCUUGGACAGUUUGGACCGUUACCAGCAGGAGCCGGGCAAGAUGACACCUGACGCCCUAGCAGAAGCCCAACCGUCAGUGGCCGCCAAAAUCCUAGAUUGCGCCAGCGAGAGCGAAAGCGACGAGGACCCCUUGCAGGUUGAUCAGGCAUGGCGAGGAACCACCGACAGUGAUGCCGAGAGUGUAGACAGCGAACAGGAGGAUCUCCUCAAACAUGCAGGAGUGUACACCCCUGAGGAGGUGGCGCUCAUCACCCGCGAGAAGCUGAUCCGUCUCCAGUCCCUCUACAUCAACCAGUUCAAGCGGCUCCAGCACCUGAUGAAGGAGAAACGACGGCAUUACCUGCUGGCGCUCAAGCAGGAGAAGGAAACCAUCGGUAUGAGCCUGGGCAGCUUCGCCAGCCCCAAGGAGAAGCGUAAGGUUCUGCGCCUCAAGUCCAUGCAGUCCUACCAUCGCCGGCACGGUCGGGAGGCCCUGCUGCACAAACGGUCCAAGCAUCGGCGUAUCAAGGCUACUCCCGGUUAUUCCGGGUCCCAGAAGGUCAGCCUGCCGGCCCGCUGCAAGCACACCAGGGAGAACAAGCCGUGCGAGAGGCCCGCACUGCCCAUCACAGGGUUCUGCCUGGAUCACGUGUUGGAGGACAGCCACCAGGUCUUGUACACGCCUUGCACCAAGGGUCGCGUGGCCUGUACCUAUCCGGCCGAUCCCUUAUCCCUCGAGGGCACCUGUCUGCUGCACACGCCUGUCGCGCCCGAGUGCUUCCGAUCGGCCAACCAGCAACUGGAAGAGGAAUCCGAACAGGAAAAAAAUGCAUCAGCGGCCAUGGCUGAUCAUGACUACUUGCAGAGGCCGUCGGAGGCCACAGAUGCCAGCGACCACGAUGUUGACAUCCUGGGCUUAUCAGGCGAACAGAUGUACAUGCUGGGGACCGUCUCAGACGAGCCAGACAUUCUGUCUGGUCAGUUGCCGCCGACAAGCUUAGCAGAGAACCCAAAGGAACCAGAACGGACUGCAGUUUCACAGGCUGGAACAUGACGAACGUAGCCAUCCAAGACCGUAUCAAGGGUGUGCAUUUCUGUGCUCCACAAAGUUGGCGUGGCGUUUACAUUUUUUUUUUGGUCGCCAAAGUCCUCAUUUUCAGACAUCCUCAAGAGCUGUUACUCUUGUAGGCAGUUUCAGGCUAGGAUUUGGAAACAGCUGUCUAUGUGUGCGGACGUUGGAAUAAAAGGGAUUUGAAGUUUGUUUUAUAGUUAA